AUGGCUACGAUGACUUCUCUCGCGAACGUCAAGGACUCCAGAUGGUUGCAGUUGGAGGUGUGCCGCGAGUUUCAACGGAAUAAGUGCACACGACCGGAUACAGAGUGCAAAUUCGCCCAUCCAGCAUCGAACGUCGAAGUACAGAACGGCAGAGUGAUCGCCUGCUACGACUCAAUAAAGGGUCGAUGCAAUAGGGAGAAACCCCCCUGCAAAUACUUCCAUCCCCCACAACAUCUGAAAGACCAACUCCUGAUAAACGGCCGCAAUCACUUGGCACUUAAAAAUGCUCUCCUCCAACAGAUGCCGUUGCAACUGCCUAUGCCGACCGCGGCUCCGGCCGGAGCUGCAACGAUGGUGAGAAUGAAAUUAUUAUCCCCGUUCGCUGCAAACCCAUACAUGCCCACUCUGAUGGCAUCACCCUACUUGACCGGAUUGCUACCAGGAAUGAUGGCCACAACGGCCGCUGAGCCCACCGCUCUAAUGACACCGACGACUUUGAUCUCGCCACAGAAGAGGACGGAUCGACUUGAGGUGUGCCGUGAGUACCAACGCGGUAGUUGCAAGCGCGCCGAACAUGACUGCCGCUUCGCUCACCCGCCAGAGCACGUUGGCCUUGAGACGUCACCGACUCAAGCCGCGUCUGGGGUUUGCGACGUCACCGUUUGCAUGGACUAUGUUAAGGGACGCUGCGCUAGGGAACAAUGCCGAUACUUCCAUCCGCCCGCACAUCUCCAGGCUCAGCUUAAGGCAAGGGUACGCAAUCGCCGCGCUGGAGCUACGCUGCCAGGCAUUGUGCAAUACAAACGCCCGGCUCUUGAAAAAAGCGGUGUUCCUGUGUACCAACCAUCUGCCACAGCUGCCGCGGCAGCUGCCUAUCAGCAGGCUGCAUUGGCAUUGCAGAUGCAACAACAGUUCGUUCCUGUUUCUUUUACUGGACACCCUGCCAGUCUGCCGAGAUUUUAA